AUGGAUCCAGAGAUAGCCAAGACGCAGGAGGAGCGGAAGAAAAUGGAGCAGGAGCUCGCUUCCCUGACUUCUCUCACUUACGACAAGGACCUCUACGGUGGAACGGACAGGGACGCCUAUGCCACUUCGAUCCCCGUUAACGACGACGACGACAACGAUAUCGGCGACAAUGAAGCCCCUCGCCGGCUUCCUUCCUACACCGCCCCGAAGUCACUUCUCAAGGAGAUGCCUCGCGGGGGAGACGACGAGGACGACGGCGGGUUCAAGAAGCCAUCGAGGAUUAUCGACCGCGAGGAUGAUUACCGACGGAGGAGAUUGAACAGGCCGCUUUCUCCGGACAGGCACGAUGCUUUUGCUUCGGGGGAGAAGACGCCGGAUCCCUCGGUUAGGACCUACGCGGAAGUGAUGAGAGAGGAGAAACUGAAGAGGGAUAAAGAAGAGACGCUGAAAGAAAUUGCUAAGAUUAAGAAGAUGGGGGAAGAAGCCGCCAAGGAAGGGAAGGCUGCUGAAGUCGUGAAGGAACCAGCAGCUGCCGCUCCUCCGAAGCGGAGGAACAGAUGGGACAUGUCACAGGAUGAAGGUGGUGAUGGUGCUGCGGCUAAGAAGGCCAAGACAAGCUCUGACUGGGAUUUACCCGACGCCACGCCGGGAAUCGGAAGGUGGGAUGCUACUCCCACGCCUGGUAGAGUUGGUGACGCGACUCCUUCGGCCGGGAGGAGGAAUAGGUGGGAUGAAACGCCGACUCCCGGUAGGGUUGCUGAUUCUGAUGCAACUCCUGGUGGUGGUGUUACUCCUGGUGCGACACCUGCUGGUGUUACUUGGGAUGCGACCCCCAAAGGGCUGGCCACACCGACGCCUAAAAGGCAGAGAUCACGUUGGGAUGAAACGCCUGCAACUAUGGGAAGUGCGACCCCUAUGGCUGGAGCUACACCUGCUGCUGCCCUUACCCCUGGUGUUACUCCUGUUGGCGGGGUUGACUUGGCCACCCCAACUCCAAGUCUUAUUCAACGUGGUGCUAUUACCCCGGAGCAGUAUAAUCUUCUGAGAUGGGAGAAGGAUAUUGAGGAGAGGAAUAGACCUUUGACUGAUGAGGAACUCGAUUCUAUGUUUCCGCAGGAAGGGUACAAAAUUUUGGAGCCACCAGCAUCUUAUGUUCCCAUUAGGACUCCUGCCAGGAAGUUGCUAGCUACACCCACUCCUAUGGGGACUCCUCUUUAUUCUAUACCUGAAGAGAAUAGGGGGCAACAAUAUGAUGUGCCGAAGGAAGUUCCUGGUGGGUUGCCAUUUAUGAAGCCAGAGGAUUAUCAGUACUUUGGAUCUCUUUUGAAUGAAGAUGAGGACGAAGAGUUGUCACCUGAUGAACAAAAAGAGCGAAAGAUUAUGAAAUUGUUGUUGAAGGUUAAGAAUGGAACACCACCACAGCGGAAGACCGCUUUGAGGCAGUUGACAGAUAAGGCAAGAGAGUUGGGUGCUGGCCCGCUGUUCAAUAGGAUUUUGCCUUUGCUUAUGCAGCCCACAUUGGAGGAUCAGGAGAGGCAUCUUCUGGUCAAGGUAAUUGAUAGAGUUUUGUAUAAGCUGGAUGAGUUGGUUAGGCCUUAUGUGCACAAGAUUCUUGUUGUCAUCGAGCCAUUGCUGAUUGAUGAAGACUAUUAUGCCCGUGUUGAAGGAAGGGAGAUCAUUUCUAAUUUGAGCAAAGCUGCUGGUUUGGCGACUAUGAUUGCUGCUAUGCGUCCUGAUAUUGAUAACAUUGAUGAGUAUGUUAGGAAUACCACUGCCAGGGCUUUCAGUGUUGUGGCUUCUGCACUUGGGAUUCCUGCACUCCUGCCGUUUCUGAAGGCUGUUUGUCAGAGUAAGAAGUCCUGGCAAGCUCGUCACACUGGAAUCAAAAUUGUGCAGCAGAUUGCUAUUCUGAUUGGGUGUGCUGUACUCCCACAUUUGAGGUCCUUGGUUGAAAUUAUAGAGCAUGGACUUAAUGAUGAGAACCAGAAAGUGAGGACCAUCACUGCAUUGUCUUUGGCCGCUCUUGCUGAGGCUGCUGCUCCAUAUGGUAUUGAAAGUUUUGACUCUGUUCUGAAACCCUUGUGGAAGGGAAUCAGGUCCCACCGUGGUAAGGUCUUAGCUGCAUUCUUGAAGGCAAUCGGUUUCAUUAUUCCUCUGAUGGAUGCCAUGUAUGCAUCAUACUACACCAAGGAAGUGAUGUACAUCCUCAUUCGCGAGUUUCAGUCUCCAGAUGAAGAAAUGAAGAAGAUUGUUCUGAAAGUGGUGAAGCAAUGUGUGAGCACUGAGGGUGUGGAACCGGAUUACAUCCGCUCUGAUAUCCUCCCAGAAUUCUUCAAGAACUUUUGGGUUAGAAGGAUGGCAUUGGAUAGAAGAAACUAUAAGCAGCUUGUGGAAACAACUGUGGAGAUUGCAAACAAGGUUGGUGUUAAAGAUAUUGUGGGGAGAAUUGUUGAGGAUCUUAAAGACGAGAGUGAGCCUUAUCGACGUAUGGUUAUGGAAACCAUCGAGAAAGUGGUAACGAACUUGGGUUCUUCUGAUAUUGAUGCUAGGCUGGAAGAGCUUUUGAUAGAUGGUAUUUUAUAUGCUUUCCAAGAGCAGACGAGUGAUGAUGCCAAUGUGAUGCUUAAUGGGUUUGGAGCAGUUGUCAAUUCUCUCGGGCAGAGGGUCAAACCUUAUCUUCCUCAAAUUUGUGGUACCAUAAAGUGGCGGUUGAACAACAAAAGUGCUAAAGUAAGACAGCAAGCAGCUGAUCUUAUUUCUAGAAUUGCUGUGGUAAUGAAGCAGUGCCAUGAGGAGCAACUCAUGGGCCAUCUCGGUGUCGUUCUUUAUGAGUAUUUGGGAGAAGAGUACCCUGAAGUUCUAGGGUCAAUCCUAGGAGCACUCAAGGCGAUAGUUAAUGUCAUUGGUAUGACCAAAAUGACACCCCCAAUCAAGGACUUGCUUCCUAGGCUGACACCCAUCCUGAAGAACAGACAUGAGAAAGUCCAGGAGAACUGUAUUGAUCUGGUCGGACGCAUAGCAGAUCGUGGGGCUGAAUUUGUUCCAGCUAGAGAAUGGAUGAGGAUAUGUUUCGAGCUGCUCGAGAUGCUCAAGGCACACAAGAAAGGAAUUCGCCGUGCCACUGUCAACACUUUUGGAUAUAUUGCCAAGGCCAUUGGUCCACAGGAUGUCCUUGCAACUCUGCUGAACAAUCUCAAGGUCCAGGAGCGCCAAAAUCGUGUCUGCACAACUGUUGCCAUUGCUAUAGUCGCAGAGACAUGCUCUCCCUUCACUGUUCUACCUGCUUUAAUGAACGAGUACCGAGUUCCCGAGCUGAAUGUCCAGAAUGGUGUUUUGAAGUCCCUCUCUUUUCUGUUUGAGUACAUUGGUGAGAUGGGGAAAGACUAUAUCUAUGCUGUGACACCUUUGCUUGAGGAUGCACUUAUGGACAGGGACUUGGUUCACCGGCAGACUGCAGCUUCGGCUGUGAAGCAUAUGGCACUGGGUGUUGCUGGGCUGGGUUGCGAGGAUGCUCUGGUCCACCUGCUCAACUAUGUGUGGCCGAACAUAUUUGAGACAUCUCCCCACGUGAUUAAUGCUGUGACAGAGGCCAUAGAAGGGAUGAGGGUGGCUCUGGGUGCUGCUGUCGUGUUGAACUAUUGUCUUCAGGGGCUGUUUCAUCCGGCUCGGAAGGUCAGGGAAGUUUACUGGAAGAUAUACAACUCUCUCUACAUAGGAGCGCAGGACGCGCUUGUGGCUGCUUACCCUAUUAUGGACGAUGAGGAGAACAACGUGUACAGCAGGCCAGAGUUGAUGAUGUUCGUGUAG